AGAGGAGGGCUCUGCAGAUCCUUAGUCACGUCGCUAGCGGGUGGAAAGUGACAUUCUGGCCCAGCCCCCUGGCUGUUGCUACUUCCACUGCGGCCAAGCCCAGGAAAGCGAGCAUUCGGACCCAAGGAAGAUGCAGAGCUCAUUGAGGCCCGCGGGCUCCGGGGGGCUUCAGCUUCUGGUCUGCUUCCUUCUGCUUUACAGUCGUCCAGGCAGCUGCAGCGACAUAAGAGCCCACGAUGGUCAGGGCCAAGUAGCAUCGGAGCAGUUCUGGUCAUUCCAAGGAUUUGCUGCUUCAGUCUUCCGGUACUUACAACUUAUACUUCAGCAGAUUGUACCAGAAGACCUGUUCUGGACAGAUGAACUAGCCCAAGAAGUACUCACUAAAAAGGUGGAGCACCUCAGCCGACUCCACCUCCACAACCCAUGCCGAAAGGAAGGGAAGGCAGUUUCCCCCACUGCAACCACUGGGGUGAGGGGUAAGCAAGAGGAGAAACAUGGAUUCUUAUACCCCAAGAGUCCAGCGGUCAAGGUGAACAGGGACCGAUGCUUUGCUACCAAAGUAGUUCCAAAGGCUCCCAAACAAGAAGUAAACCACCCCACCAAGGUGAGGGGCCCAGAUCGCCUAAGGACACUAGAAUCAUCAAGGACAUGUUUAAAUGGGGGGGGGCAGAUAUAA